AUGCCACAAAGCCAGAUUUUCCACCGGCUGUCCUCAAAAAGGACAUGGGAAGGGACGAAACCUCGGUCUCAGUGUCACCGAGGACAGCAUGACAAACAACACUUCAAUGUCGUAUUCCUAGGGGCGGCCAAAGUCGGAAAGAGCAGCAUCGUGUCACGUCUGCGAGGCGGACCACUGAGCGAAGUAUAUGUUCCAACAGUAGAAGACUGCCAUCGCCUCGUGUACCUCAACCACGGCGAGGAAAUGGUAAUAGAUGUCAUCGAUACUGCUGGAUAUUACUCUUUUCCCGCCAUGAAGAAGCUGAACAUAAGCAAUGGCGACGCCUUCGUAUUAGUGUAUUCAGUGGACGAUAAUUCUAGUUUUGAGGAAGUAAGGAAGCUCCGUCAGGUUAUUCUGGACGCAAAGAAUGCGUCGAAUGUGCCGAUUGUGAUAGUAGGGAACAAGUCGGAUUUGGCGGGAAAGGACGCAGUAAUAGGCCUAUCGCGCAAGAUUUCUGAGUUGACGGCGAGUGUUGACUGGGGGAAUAUUCAUCUCAAGGCCAGCGCCAAACAAAACAAUAACAUUUCUCAGAUUAUUAUGGAGCUAUUAACCCUGUGUAAUGCACAGAAAAUUAACUGA